AUGUCUAAAUUAUUUCUAUUCGCUUUAUUAUUGAUUGCCGUGUGUGGCUGUCAUGCAGCCGAUCUGACUAGCAGCAGUGUGGUGUCAGUGGCCGAACAACGUUUGUCCACUUAUCUAAUGCAGGCAAUGCAGAGAAAUUCUCCUCGUAACAUUGCCUGCUUCCAAGAAUAUUUGCCAAAAUUAAAUCAAUUGACCGAAGAAUAUGAAGCAGCCUAUGGUGCCUGUUUGAAUACCACAGCUACGUCGAAGGAACGUGUUGAAGCGGAGGUGGCCAAGGAUCGUAGCAAUGUUGAUGCUUUGGCUGAAGAUGUGUGCCAGAGAUACUCUAAGUGUUCUGGAGUAGUGUCAUCACUUGAUGCCUUUGAAUGUUAUGCUGAUGCGGCUGAAAAUGCCACCAGCAAUUCCUACACCAUCCAAACCACAUCGAAGAGCAAAUCUCAAUAUAUCCAGCUGCGUUAUCAAACCAUUCAGUAUGAUGAGACAGUUUGCACGGAAACCUGUAAGGCUACCUAUGUAGAGGAGACAGCCAAGACGUAUGCUGAGCUCGAUAAGUGUUUGGCUGAAUCGAAUUAA